UUGGUCACACUGGAGAAAAAAAAGCGGGAAGCCUUCAAAAACAAACAAAUUUUAUUAUUUUAUAAGUGCCAGUGUUCAAUUUGACGUAUGCGACCACCGCCGAAAAAAGGCGCUGCCAAGCGUCCGGUAAAUGCACCCAAAGCCUCUUCGGGCUACGUCGACGACGACCACUCAGCCUUCCAAUCACCAGAGGAUGAUGAUAAUGUCACAGACUAUGGCCUGGAAUUCACCACCAGCCGCCUAACACUGGAGGACGCCAGAAAUCGACGCUGCUCGACGAUGCGCAAGGACACAUCAACAGCUCGAAGAACCCGAGCAGCUAACCGGACCGCCACCAGCGAAGAAGACAUCGAAAAUCGUUCGCCGGUGUCCCGAUCACUGCGGACUCCUCAGAACACGAGGACUCCUCAAACGCAGCAGAGAAGUAUUGCCCAGCCACAGGCAGCAGCGAAAGUCAAUGCCAGUGGAGCUCAGAGACGUAAGAUGGGCAGACCAGUAAACCACAGGUUAAAAAUGGAGCGAGAAAUCCGUCGGCUUCAGGCACAUGCUGGCCUGCUAAUUCCCCGGUUGCCGUUCUCGAGAUUGGUACGAGAAAUUCUCACUCAGUUGGCUGGCUACGAGGCAGGGAUGAGGGUCACUCAGGGAGCCUUGGAGGUGAUGCAGGAGUCGUCGGAGCUCUACUUGACGCAUCGAUUGCAGGACUCGUACCUUCUAACGAUGCACCGCGGCCGCGUUACGCUGGAGGUGCGCGACAUGGCUCUAAUGGCGUUGCUGUGCAGUCAUAAUCGUCUUCUCUAGAAUUAGGUAUGUUUAAGUGAGUUGUUCUAAAUGUAGUCAUCAAAAUGUUCCAGAACUAAGCAAUGUUAAUAGUUAGUCGUCUGUUCCCAUUUAAAUUAUAUUUGCACUUAUUUUUGUCCUUUGUAACCUUUCACCUAGAAUAAAUACUUGUGAAUAGCUUAA